AUGAAGGCGAUCUCAGUUUUCUUCGCUGAAGUGUUCAAGUUCGUAGCUAGUGUCGUAUUAGUAUGUCUGCAGGAACGUAGUGGCCUAGCCCAGAAUUAUGAAUCAAUUUUCCAUCAUUGGCUGCAUGCCGCUGAAAGCUACUGUACCAGCAGUUGUCUAAUACGAUUCAGAAUUUCUGCUUAUGUCACGUGGCGAAAAUCUGCCAGCUGCUACUUAUAUGGUCACUUAUCAACUGAAAAUUCUCACCACAGCUGUGUUCACUGUAUAGUACUAGGGUCGAAAACUGUCCAUUCAACAAUGGGUUUCGCUUUUCUUUUUUUGGGCUGGCGUAGCAUUGUUCAGACCAGAAAAUGUCUAAUGAUCGAGAAAAGGCUGAACGCUUGGCAGCUGCGAUGGCAAACGAAAUUUCGUCAACAGCAAUGCCGACCAUUGAAGACGCUUUCACAAAAACUGAUGGAUUCUUCGUCCGACGUAAUCAAUGGUACAACAUUGGCACCAAUAAUAAAUGAUGUGGCACGGCCUAAGCGUGAAGUUCAUGAGCAGAAUUCUAUUCUAGGUUUCAUCGCUGUCUUGGUGGCAUGCUGCCUUUCUGGAUUUGCUGGUAUCUAUUUUGAGAAGAUUCUGAAAGGAUCCGAUGUAUCUAUUUGGAUUCGAAACAUCCAAUUGGGCACUUCCAUCUAUCUUCUUCGCCUUACUGUUUGCCUUUGUCAGUUCUAUUACUUCUUCAUGGAUCUAUGUCCUCUUUUGACCGCCCUUGCACCGUCGGUUCCUCACGCGUGCGAUCGUGACGCGCGGCGUGAUGUUCGGAUCGAUGCGCUG